UCCAAGAACUCAACAGCGCCGGCCGAGCCGUUCAAUCUGACAUCACAAUGCGCAGUUUUAACAGAACAUUGGCGUCGUUACUACUGUCUCCUCUGCCCCUGCUGCCUUCUGACUCCGGGCUAUUGCUCCUUCCUCUUAGCAAUCGUGAGGACCGCAGACCAACGUCAAAGACCUGAAAUAAAAUCACACUAAAUUGCAGCUACCUACCCCACUCGACGUCACUCUUUCGUUCACAUCGAAUUGAUCUAUAACAAAGCUGUCUGACGGCUCACUACGGCCAUGCUCCAAUUCCUCGACAAACUGGUUCACUACCAAGACCCUACCCUUCCUGCGUUCUCAAAUCUCGCGUACCUUUUCAUCCUCGUCCUGUUCUCUGCGUUCUUGAUAUCCUACCGUUCACGACAACUCGAAGCUGAAACUGGUCACUGAAACCAUGUCGAAGUUCACCUCAAUUGCUAUGAUCGGGUGUGGAAGUAUGGGCGGAGGCAUGGCCCUACUGUUUGCAGAAGAUGGAGUCCAUGUCAAUCUUUCCGAUCCUUCUGAGGAGACUAUGGACGCGGUGAUCGAGAAAGCCGAGAAAGCGGGAUACAAUGGAAAACUUAAGAAACACAAAGACUACAAAUCGCUCUGCAAAUCGCUUUCAGAACCACGCCUACUAGUUUUUUCGCUGCCUCAUGGAGGUGUCGGUGACAAAGUCCUGGAAGGCCUGAUGCCUGAGCUGUCCAAGGGAGAUAUCAUCCUCGACUGCGGUAACGAGCACUUUGCGAACACCGAACGCCGACAGAACAAGUGCAAAGAUACAGGAAUCCGCUACAUCGGUUGCGGUGUGAGUGGCGGCUAUCAAGCAGCUCGAGCCGGCCCGUCAAUGUGCCCAGGCGGUGACGAGUCUGGACUCAAGGAGGUUCUGCCACUGCUCCAGAAGGUCGCCGCGAAGGACAAGGAAGGCAAGCCAUGCGUAGGCAUCGUUGGCAAGGGCGGCGCCGGUCACUAUGUCAAGAUGGUGCACAAUGGCAUCGAGCACGGCAUGAUGAGCGCCAUCUGCGAAGCCUGGGGCAUCAUGCGAAAGAUGGGCCUCAAGUAUGAGGAGAUUGGUGAUGUCUUCGAGGAAUGGAACUCGUCAGGCGAAUUGCAAGGCACAUUCCUCGUCUCUAUAGGCGCCGACCUCUCACACAAGCGCGAACCUGGGACCGACUCGAACUCAGACCCACAACAACGUCCACUCGUCAUUUCUGAGGUCCUCGAUAAGGUCGUUCAGGACCUGACUGGCGAGGAAGGAACCGGCAUUUGGUCCAACACCGAGGCCAUCGAGUUACACGUUCCCGCUUUCACAUUGAACGUUGCCCAUGCCCUGCGCCUGGCAUCGGCCUACCGCGGUGACCGCGAACGCGCGAACAAGACCUUCGAUGGUGCCUUUCCACCAAGCGAGCUGGACAUCAAAGACAGGAAGGCUUUCAUCGAAGACCUUCGCAAAGCGACCUACGUAGCUUGUCUGGCCAGUUAUACUCAGGGCAUGAACAUCAUUGCACGUGCUGAUCAGGAACACAAGUGGUCGAUCGAUUACUCGCAAGUUUGGCAGAUCUGGCGCGCUGGCUGCAUCAUCCAGGCCGACUAUAUCUCCGACAAUAUCCUCGCCCCUGUGCUCAAGAACAACCCCUCAUCAGAUGACCUGAACCUCAACUUCUCCUCGGUCGUCGCCAAGGACAUCAAGAACUCAUUCCCUGCUCUGCGGCGCAUCAUCGCUAAGUCGGUUGAGACGGACCAGGUUGUUCCUGCGUUGAGUGCUAGUCUUGAGUACUUCAAGAUCUCCACUGGCACAGAUUUGCCGACAAGCUUCUACGAGGCUGAGCUCGAUUAUUUCGGCAGUCACAUGUUCGACAAGAAGGGCGACAAUGAUAGCAAUGUCAAGAAGCCGAUGGAGGGCAAGCAUCACUUCGAGUGGAAGCCUGUGACAAGCCAGAAAGAAACUUACGGCAAACCUCCUGGUGUGUGACUAUCCGGUGAGAAGGCGAAGUUGUGAUGUUCCGGAAGCUCUGUAUGACUGCAAGUAGAUGUUAUGAUCUUUGAUUGAAGCGUUUGGCCGAUUUGGUUCGCGAAAUCUUUAGUGCUUCGGGCGAUGCAGUUCCCAAGCUGACAAGACGGCAGGC